UCCGGUUGUGAAUUGGUCUGGGUAACCAAGCAGUAUUACGCCCCCGAGCGAAUCAUGAACCAUUUUCUCUUUUAUAAAGAUUAUUGUACCGUGAUUUCUUUUGUGCUGGCUUUUGGUCUUGGUGCAAAUGAUGUCGCUAAUACUUUUGGAUCCAGUGUUGGUUCGGGCGUGCUGAGUCUGAAGCAAGCUUGCGUUCUGGCUACAAUCUGCGAGAUGGCUGGUGCAGUCCUUCUCGGUAGGAUUUCUGCACCUUUUUACACAUUAUUCACCAAAUUGGAAAACGGAGCGGCCACUCUGAUGGCCGGACAAGUUGCAGCGCUUGGAGGAUCAUGUAUAUGGCUCUUGGUGGCCACAUUCCUACGACUCCCUGUCUCUGGCACGCACAGCAUAGUCGGUGCUACAGUCGGUUUCAGUCUGGUCAUUUUCGGGGUGAAAGCUAUUCACUGGAUGGCUUUGGUCCAAAUCGGGCCUAUACCAACAAAGCAGUAUUAUUGCGGUUGUUCCGGCUUCUGUUCUGACGCAAAAUGCACUUGUGUCUUGGUGGAGUUAUGUUUUCUUUCAAUAUCGCAAACCUGGGAGUAUUUGUUCCCCCCUUCAAAGAAAAAGGACCGGAGUGCGAAGAUUCUGAAACCAAAGUCAAGAAACUAG